UCCACCCGAUAUCCAUCACCGUCAACCGCCAGCAUCGUCCAGCCCUGGGUUCUCAAUUCUCAAACCAAGCUUCGUCCUCCACCGGUCCCUCCAUCGCUCAGAUUAGAACUAUGGCUUCUCAGGAGAUCAUCGACGAUGCUAUCAACGGCCACCAGGUCACUAUCUUUUCCAAGACGUAUUGCCCGUACUGCAAGCGUGCCAAGGGCCUCUUCGCCCAAGAGUAUAAGGAUGCUGAGGUCAAGAUCCUCGAGCUCGAUGAGUUGGAAGAGGGAAGCGCCAUCCAGGACGCCCUCGAGAAGAUGACCGGGCAGAGGUCGGUCCCCAACAUCUUCAUCAACAAGAAGCACGUUGGCGGUUGCGACAAGGUUGUAUCUUUGCACAGCCAGGGCAAGGUUUCUGGUCUUCUCAGCGCUUAGAAUCCCGUGCCUCUCGUCGUAGAAGAUAAGUGAAUGAAGUGUAUCGAGUCUGUAUUUGUGGCAUAUGGCGGACGUCCGCCUAUAUGAACAUAGAACUAAAUUAUGCAUGUUCAUUCAAGAUGCACAGGCGUCCCCGUUGCGGGCCCAGGAGCUUAAGCUCGCUCGGUAUGG